AUGCAAAACAUCGUUGACCCCGAUAUCAGACGUAGUGACAAUUCAAUUUCGCAAAAGUGUAAUAACGACCCGCACAUUUUUAAAGAAGGCAAACAAAACAGUGCUAGUCAAAAUGGAAGAGAUGCAGAGAAAGAACAAAUGGAAAAUAACUACUUACUAAACCAAAACAAGAAAAAAAGUGUACCAUAUAUAAGUGAGGAAAACACCAUUGUGAAAACCGACAAGAACUACGUACACAGAGAAUGUAAGGUACAACCCCACACGGAUAAUAUUUACCAUGCCUCCUCUAUUAAUUGUCUAAAGAGGAAAAGCACAUCCAAGGACUCCUUAAUCAAUGAGGAAGAAACGAGCACAAAAAAGAGCCUAGAAGAGGCGGUCAACAGAAGGAAACAAAUUAACGAAAUGAUUGCAGCGUACAAUUCUUUAAAUUUAAGUUUAUCCAGUUGCAACUUCGACAACUCGGAUAACUUGGGCAUUAGAAAGAAAACGUCUCUUUACAAUUCUGAUUAUAGCUGUGCUGUGGAUUAUAAAAACCAAAUGAGUUACAAGAAAAAAAUGCCUCAGGGGAACUACUCAUUUGUGACAAAUCGGGCGGAGGGGAAAAAGGGAGAGGUCCACAAUACAUGGGGCUCUGUGAAUAACGAGAUCGAGGGACUCUGCAGAAGCAACUACUCGAAUAGUCUACUCCACCUCGGGGGGAAUCUCGGAAGCGGGGACAAGCCGGCGUGCAGAAUGAAGGAUCUCCCAGUAGGUCAAGGAAAUUGCUGCGAAAAUAACCGUGACAGCGGCGGAGGCAAUUCGAGUCAUCAUUCCCAAGAUGAAGACGAAUUGGAAGACUAUAAAACAUUCCUAACCCUAGACAGUGACCACACCAUAUUCAAGACAAAACCUCUGAAGCUCCCGGAUCUGUCCUUCCUGCAUAACAGCAGUCGCAUUUACAACACCCUGGAUUUAAGCAACCGGAGGGAAGACGGUCAUAGUAGUAAUCGCUUCUGCAGGAAUAGAAUUCUGUACGAGAGUUUGGAGGGCCUGUCCUUCGACCACGAUGAGGACGACGACAAUGCUGGCGACGAUGCGCAUGUUUGGGGAGAUAUGAACUUCUCUCAGGUGAACCCUCCCAGGAAACCUAACCCUAUCUCGGAGAACAACGCAAAAAGCGAUACACUACGGAAGAAGACAGCAGGUACUCCCGAGAGCAGUCAUCAAAAUUGCAUGGAUAAGAGUGCCAUCUCCUUCGAGCUGAGCAAAGAAAGUAAAAAAAACGUCCCUAGGAAUUGCAUAAAAAGUAGCGAACUGAAAAACUGCAACAUAAAGCAGCUAACUCAUGGCAGCAUUAACCGGCUUGGUUACGUGAGUCCCCUUAGUCGUACCGAAGGCCCCAGUAUGAAUCGCAUCCAUUGUGGGGGAAACGGCGAGAGAAAUCGGAUUCACUCGAAAAGACAUACAAACGAAAGGAGUUCACACCAGAAUAAUGGAAUGGAGUUUAAUUCUAUAAAAAAUUAUUCCAUAUGCAAUAACAAUUAUCGUAGACAAACCGCCGACUUGGCAGGAACUAAAAUUUCUAUGCAAAUGCGCGCACCAGAUGCCAAAGUAGAAAAAGGCAUAAACCAUUUAAGACGAAUCAGUAACACAUGCGACAUUUGUCCAGCUGCCUACAAUUGUGAGGAUGGACCUGAAGGCAUAUGCACUGACAGAGGUGAACGACAAGCACGCAGUAGUUAUAAGUAUGCAAAUAUGCAUACUUUGCAUGGACAUCAAUACGAUGUGAAAAAGAAGGCGCAGGAAAGUGAAGCACACUGCAACAGUUCACCCCGUCGCCAUUCUUGCCUGAACAACAUAGAAAAAUUUAAAGAAAUGCUGCUAACCAUGGCGGCAGAUAACCUAAACGAAUAUGCAAAAUGCCUACAGAGCAUCAAUAACGAAAAGUUAAAAGGUUACAAGUACUGCAUUAAGCGAGUGAAUGACUACAACAUUAGUCAAUAUUUGAGUGCGACGUUUCGCGCGUCCAUUCCAGUGAAAGGCAUUGAAGAGUCGGUGCUGACCAACUCAGAUACCUUUUCUUCCGUUCACAACUCGACGUACGAGGACGAUGAGUCAAGUAUGUUUCCCCACCAUGGAGACACAAGUUGUGAGGAGUUAGCGAAUGUGAGCAUUGCAGAUGGUGAUAUCAACAGUGAGUAUGGCGGCGCUGGUAGUGUCCAUGGGAGUGACUCCGCUAGCGAUUGCGUUAGCGACAAUCAUUGGCAUAGAUCUAACGGAAACUUAAAAGUUUACAAAAAGAAAAAAAAAAUUAAACGCACCAACUGUCUGGAACACCCCCCCAGGGGCGAAUUUAAUUAUUGCCCAGAUAAAAUAAAAAGUGAACGAAACGAGAGUACAAGCGCAGAUCGUACAGAUAAGAAGUAUAUGCACAACGGAAAAGGCAAAUAUGCAUAUGAGAGGAGCCCAAAGCAGAGAGAAAAGCAGACAUAUACAAUUAGGCAAUGUAAACUAGCGAAUGUUACAAUUGACAGUCUUCAACUUAACUAUAUUGACCACAGUGCAAAGAGACAAAACAAAAUGUGUGAACAGCAACUGGCCGGCAAAACGUACUUCGCUCGAAGGAGCAACAUGUGUAACCGCGGUUGUUUGGACAGUGACUGCAGCGAUUAUGAUGGUUGCGGCGAUUGCGCAUGCUAUAGUUGCGCACGCACAGCAAACGGCCAAACUGCACAGUUUUCAAAAAAAACGAAAGAAUGCAAAGGCAAGUAUCCCCACAAGGGCAGUUGUCGCGGAAAAAACAAACAAAGUGCAUUUCUUUCCCUCGACGCAGAUUCAAAGAACCACAACGACCAACUUAAGAGCUCGCCAAUUUCGCCAAGUAGUAUGUGUGAAGGGGACUACAAAGAGUUAGCCCCUAACAACGAACAAAGCGGUCGCAAAGAAAUUUUAACAAAUGUGAAAAGCAUAAGCAAUUGCAACGACACCCUGAUGGAUGACCUCAUGAGGAAGGACUCCACAAAUAGCGGUGAACAUAGGAGCGAAAGGAGUACCUUCAGGAAUGACAGCAACCUUAGGGUGAGUGAAAAUUUGGAUGAUUACACAGCAGUGAAUUAUUUGCAGGAAUUUCGUCUUCUCAGCGAGGACAAUAAAUGUGAGAACGUAUAUAUAAUGCGCAACGUGGAAGAAGGGGAUACGCAAGAGAGAACUUCCCAGGAAGGUGGUUCACACCCCAUUGCAGAAUUCAACUCUAGCGGUUAUCCAUUCGCACAGAGCAUUUGCGAACAAAAUGUCACAAGUGAAUUGGGCAGGAAGAACCACACAGGUGAUAUAAAUCAAUCAUGUUACACCAAAGGGGUAUCCGAAAACUACUAUCUGGAAAGUGAAAAAUUAAGUGAACUCCAUCUCAUGAGAGAGAAACAGAACAAUGCGAUAUGCCAAAAUUAUGAACCCCCUGAAGGUAGAAGAUUGCCCAAUGUUGUAAGUCUGUACGGUAAGGACAAUUCCAAUGCGCUCGAAACUGAUGGGAGAGGAGGAACCCUCCCCUUCUAUGACCUACAAAGGGAUAGCAUGAGCAACGGCGACUUCCCAUUUUUAAGUAAAAAAGAGAAAGGCAUGGUGGAAGGGGGAAACAAUGUUUUAAGUUUCAAUGCAAAAGAAAAUCAACACAGUUGUGACAGGAACAGAGAGAACCACAAAAUGGAUGCUGAAAAUACCCCCCUGGUGAAUAACCAACACAAUUGUAAACCAUCUCUUCAUUGGACAGACAAGUACGAAGGAAAAGGCAUUGAAGAUAUUAUUAAAAACAACAAGACGAGGAUUGAGCAUCUGUACGAUAGUGAAGGAGAUCAAAGUUAUGUUUGCAUGGGUGAAAAUAUUAGUGGAUUUACACGCACCAUGGAGGACGAGAUGGAAGCAAAAGAGAAUAAGACCCCUUCCUUUGUCCACAAAUUAGACAAUUCAUUUAGCUCGCAAAAUGAUCCCUCCUAUUCAGUUAACUCAUAUAAUGAGGAGAUGGAAGAUAAAAAUAUUAUUGCGUGUUCUCUGGACAGCUUCAAUGAAGAGUUCAUUACCCCCAUAUCGGUUCCCACCCCUGCGGCGUCCAUUUUCUCAGAUGGAAGUGUCCUUUCCCCGCAGAAAGGGAACUUGAAUAGUGAUGGAUCUCCUCAGAAGGAAAGUGUAAAAAUAAACGCGGAAAGGGAUCUACCGUUAGGAGACCCCUUCCAGAUGUACUACCAAAAUUCUAAUUGUGAUACAAACCCUAUGAAUUCCCAUCAAAUAGGUGUUGUUAAUAAAAAAAGUGACUACAACUCAUUAGGUCUCGCCCAAGAUUAUUUUCACAAAAGGGAAGACACUAUCCAAUAUAGUAACCAUUUGACAAAUUUAACAGAGGGAGGAAACUACAGCUCCAGCACCAUACCUGGUGAUCUCCUUCACAAAAUCUCAAGAGAAAAAGAUGAAUCGAUGAUGGAGAAAAAACUGAAUCCAUCUGAUAAAAACAUAAAUAUUGAAGAAUGCAGAAUAUAUAAGGGAAAACAAACUGGUGGUAAUAUAGAUAACGAAAAUGUUGAUAUGCAUUCUCAACGCAAGGGCAACAUCGUGCAAAGAACUAAUGAAGAUGUUCACCACAUGGAUAAGCUAACGUACCAUCAGGUAAACAACUCAUCUGGUAGGGUAAAAAAUGACGCCAUUAGAGGUGAAGGAAAUGGAAUGAAAGAGAAAAAAAAGAAUGAACUGCACAAAAUUGUAAAUACACUAGAAAUAAAAGAAACAAAGAUAAAGACCAAACAAGGAAUUUUCGAAAUAACCCCGGAGGGAAAAGUUCUCUUCACCUUCUUCGGAAGAUCAGAAAUUAAAGAAUACAAAAAGGUAAAGAGAGACAAGCUAAACAUAGACAUCUCAAAGCCGAGGAAACUAUUAUUUAUAAUCGAAAUAAAUGGAAUAGACAUAAAAAUAAAAGAUGUACUGUUGGACGAUGUGUUGGAUUUCUACAACCUGCUCGAAGAAGAAUUACCAAAGUCGCACCAAGUACGAUACGAAUAUGCUUAUGACGUUAUUGAGACGUUGAAAAAACACACCCCUAAGGUGUCUCUAACGAAGAAGUGGUUUGGGGUGUAUAACCUCAUGAGCAAUGGAAGCACCCCCGAUUUUAUGGCUACACUGAAAAACAACAUGUUCAUUGACAAAAUUGAAAUGAAGAACAGCCAAGUGAUGUUUGCCUUGAAGGAGGGGAACACCGUAACGCUGAAUGUUGACGAUUUGAACGGGGUUACCACCAAACUAACGAGGCAUUUGCGGGAGAGAGGAAAAAAUGCAACAGAGGAAGACGCCACAAAAGGGUGCGAGGCACUCCUGAGGGGUAUGGUUUCUGCCGAUGAACAAGAUGUCAAAGCUGUUCUACUCAAUUUGGAAUUACUCCUAAAAAAGACAGGAGUGUCCAUAGAUAUAGUCAUCCAAAACUGGUGUAAUACUUUACAGGCCUACUCACAGUGCCUGGAUCUGUUGACAAAAGGAAACGCAGAAUAUACCCUCCGGCUAAGGAAAGACUUGACCGACAUAACAGCAAGAACUGAGCUGCACAGGAGGGAAAUUUAUUUUUCCAUAUUUCCUGUCAUAGUUCAGGAGUGA